AUGAGUUCUUUCUUGCCACACCUAGUUCUUCGUGAGAUACUUGAACAGCUUUAUUAUAGUGAAGGACUGAACAGUCUCAACGCGUGUGCCCUAGUUGAUAGACGCUGGUCGCAAGUAGCAAUACCUUUAAUAUGGCAAAACCCAUUCGGUUGGGACAAGCGCAAUCCCUUUGAUUUAUUCAUUCAAUUGCUCAAUCAAGAAUGCAAGAAUUCGAUUGACAUGCCGAUACUAUCGUCAUUAAUUUCACCAGUGCAUGACUAUCCUUGUUAUAUCCGAGAACUCGAUUACUGGGGUAUUAUGUUACAUUGUAGUGAGUGGUUGGAUAGAGUUGAUUCUAGAAUUGAUUAUGGUCGUAAACGACAUCUGAGGAAACAAAUUGUGUCUGCAAUGUUGAAGAUGUUCGUCGAUCAUGGCGCAUUGUUACAUAGUCUUACAAUUGUUAGUGCUGCAGCCUGUUCCUUGGACGAAGAUGAGAUCCUAAUUCUUUUUGAGCCAGAGAUUUGUCCAAUGCUUUCGAGAAUUAAUCAUUUUAUGGUGAUCGAAGAAUGUGUUAAGGAUAAGUUAUUUCGUCGAAUGGCAGAAGUAUGUCGGGAGCUGAAAUCAAUGAAUGUUUGGUUGACGCGUGCUAGUCAAGUAUCUCAAAAUGCGCUCGAAUCAAAAAAUUUGGCAAAACUAAUAAGAUCCCAGCAUCGGUUAGCAUACUUUCGAUUGUGGGGGGUGGAUAUCCCGCAUGAGGCGCAGACGGCUAUUUGCGCACUUUCAUCUCAAUCUCAAACUCUAAAACAGAUAGAGAUAAGUGGGUAUUCAUUUAUAAAUCCUGAGCCAUUUGCAAGCAUGGCUGCAUGCGUCAAUUUAGAGUCGCUGAAACUAAAUUGGUGUAAAGUCGAUAAGAUUGCAGAACCACCGCUAGUCGAGUCAAAUCUCCCUUGUCUAAAGCAUGUCGAGUUAGAUGGGAGAGUUCCGUUUCAGUUAAAAAUAUGGGCAAAUCAUAUAAAUGAUUUUUUAUAUUUUAUGCAGAAUGAUUAUGGUAUUAACGUAGGGUAA